GGAACCUUCCUGCUGUGAUUGCGGUUAGCUACCGGAUUUGUUUGGGCGAGGCACCAACGUGACAACUUAAAAGCAGCCGUCAUUCCCGAAGCUCCGCGAGGAAGAUGAGCACCAAACAGGUGACCUGCCGGUACUUCCUCCACGGCGUGUGCAGGGAGGGAAGUCGCUGUAUGUUCUCUCAUGACCCGACCACCAGUAAACCCUCCACCAUCUGCAAGUUCUACCAGAGAGGAGUGUGUGCCUACGGAGACCGCUGCAGGUAUGACCACGUGAAGGCCUCAUUCAGAGGAGGGGCAGGACCUCCAGAGAACCAUCCUCCUAUGGGAGGAGCUGGGGGCGGGGCUCCAGAUAGAGGUGGGGCAAAGAAGACGAUGGUCCUUAGAGAAAGAGCCCUUGGUGUAGACACUAUGUUCGGGGGUCCAGUGGAGAGCUUGGGGCCGGGGCACAUAGCGGCAGCAGCGGCUCCUCAAACAUACGUGGACGCCAUCAGGACGGGUCUUGACAGCUCAGCACCAGAACAAGCGCCCCCCCCUCCCCCUGUAGGCGGGGCUUAUCAGGACCUCCCCCAGCUGUGUCCGUACGCCGCAGCUGGACACUGUUACUAUGAAGAAAACUGUACUUAUCUCCACGGCGACCUGUGUGAGGUGUGCGGGCUGCAGGUGCUCCAUCCUCACGACACAGAGCAGAGGAGAGCGCACGAAAAGAUGUGUAUGCUCGCCUUUGAGGCCGACAUGGAGAAGGCGUUUGCAGCCCAGCUCAGCCAGGACAAGGUGUGCUCUAUCUGCAUGGAGGUGGUGGUGCAGAAGGCAAACCCAUCAGAUCGCAGGUUCGGCAUCCUGUCCUCCUGCUGUCACACCUUCUGUCUUGCCUGCAUCCGACAGUGGCGCUGCACCAGAAACUUCAGCAACAAGAUCAUCAAGGCGUGUCCAGAGUGUCGAGUCUCCUCAGAGUUUGUGAUCCCCUCGGUUUAUUGGGUGGAGGACCAGGACGACAAGGACCACCUCAUAGAACUCUUUAAGUCUGGAGUUGGUAAGAAGGCGUGUAAGUACUUCGAUCAGGGUCGGGGCUCGUGUCCGUUCGGAGGGAAGUGUUUGUAUCUUCACGCCUUCCCCGAUGGGACCCGAGCAGAAGCAGACCGGCCUCGGAAACAGCUGAGCUCCGAGGGAAACGUCCGGUUUAUGAACAGCGUCCGUUUGUGGGACUUCAUCGAGGAGCGCGAGCAGCGACCCGCCGCAGCCCUGGAUGAUGACAUCACAGAGCUGAGAGAGCUCUUCAUGCAGAUGUCUGGUCCGAGCCACGAUGGUGCAGAAUCCGGUGCAGACCAGUGAGGACCAGAUCAGAUCAGGUCCACCUGUUAGGGGGGAGGGCGACCAUGUUUGUGGACAAGUAGUUAAAUAUAAAAUCAUGUGAUCACUCUGCAGUUCUCUGGUUUUCUUCAGUCUAUCAUUUCAUGAAGGUUAUUGAUUACCAAUUUAUCACUACCGUUUUAUUUAUAGUGUAAAUAAGCUAAUACAGAGUCAGUGUGAAGUCAUCCAGUGGUGCUGUAUUAAGCUAAUGUCAUUAUUUUCACUCUUAUCCAAACAAACCUAAAACCUUCCAGCGCUCUCACGGCUGACAAAGAUUUUAACAUGGAAUAAGAGACGAGCAGCAGUUAUAACAGUUUAACGUACGUGCAUCAAGCUGCAGCUUAAGAUUUUACUUUUCAUUUUUCCCUCUGUUUGUUUUAGUCAUCAACCUGUCUCAGAUAAGUGUAAGAAAUGUUAGAAUAUUAAAACAACAUCACCACAAGUCCUCGCAGGAGAGGCUA